ACAGAGGUGACAUCACGGCGCCUAGAGCGAGGCUAGGGUAGAGAGGCCGACGAGCUGGAGUCGUCGGCUUGUGGAGGAAGCAGCUGGGAGCUGGCGAGAGCGUGAGCGGGCGGGCAGGCGAACGAAAGAGCGCAGGCGGGAGGGAGCGGCGCACGGCGCGGAGCAGCGGCAGCCCGGGCCGCGGCGGAGCCUCCGUCGGAGGACAGCCGGAGCGGGCGCCUCGGUCCCCGCCCCCACUCGGCGGGGCAGUGCCCGGUGUUCCCCCGUGCGGGGGGCGGCGGCGGCGGCUGAGCGGACCCCACGGGACCGCGCGGGUGUUGCCACCUCGGCCGAGGAGCCGGCGAGGCCGCGGGGCCCUGCGAGCUGGGCCCGGGGCCCGUGACAGACGGGCCAAGGAGGGGAGAGAGGCGGCGGCGGCGCAGGCGACGGGGAGGCAGCGGCAGCGGCGACACCAUGUCAUCCCCCAGUCCCGGCAAGAGGCGGAUGGACACGGACGUAGUCAAGCUCAUUGAAAGCAAACAUGAGGUUACAAUCCUAGGAGGACUCAAUGAAUUUGUUGUCAAGUUUUAUGGACCACAAGGAACACCAUAUGAAGGUGGGGUGUGGAAAGUUCGAGUGGACCUACCUGAUAAAUACCCUUUCAAGUCUCCAUCUAUAGGAUUCAUGAAUAAAAUUUUCCAUCCCAACAUUGAUGAAGCGUCAGGAACUGUGUGUCUAGAUGUAAUUAAUCAAACUUGGACAGCUCUCUAUGAUCUUACCAAUAUAUUUGAGUCCUUCCUGCCCCAGUUGCUGGCCUAUCCUAACCCCAUAGACCCUCUCAAUGGUGAUGCUGCAGCCAUGUACCUCCACCGACCAGAAGAGUACAAGCAGAAAAUUAAAGAAUACAUCCAGAAGUAUGCAACGGAGGAGGCCUUGAAGGAACAGGAGGAGGGCACUGGCGACAGCUCAUCGGAGAGUUCUAUGUCUGACUUCUCAGAAGAUGAGGCCCAGGACAUGGAGUUGUAGUAGAAAAGGCAUCUGCUUUUCAGAAAGACUAUUAUUUCCUAACCAUGAGAAGCAGACUCUAAUAUUCAUAUUUAAACAAAGCAAUUUUUUUUAUUACUAAACAAGGUUUUUAUGAAUAAUAGCAUUGAUAUAUAUAUAUUAUAUAUCACCCUUUAGAUCUUGAUUUCUUGGUCAUUUCUCAACCUGAGGUGCAUAGCAUAUUCCCACAUUCCAUUUUGGUAGCAAUAUGCGGUCCGAAUGCAUGCAUUCAUAAGUCCAUUUGGCCAAGCCAGCCUGUGUGCUACUGAACUGUCAAGAGAUUGCCGCUCUGAUAGGUAAACAUGA